UUAAUUACUGAAGAGAAGGCGAUGCGAAUCCGACGAGUUCUGGCGAGUGGAGAUGGAAAGCACGCGCCAGUUGACAGCCCUCGUUUCAGAUUUUAUGUUCGGAGCAAGGGAUUCGCAGUAAUCGACCUGCCCGUGCUAGGGCUGAAAGAAGUUCUUUGUGUGCCUGCACCAAAGGGAAGUGAAACAAAGACAUCUUUGCUUGGGAACUGGCUGAAAGUAGCGAACGUGUCUGAAAUAUAUGAUAUCCUCAUAACUAUCCAUGAAGGCUCUAGAGUGCACGCUGGAUAUCGGAAAGUUUUUGCAGAUAUCAUUCGAAAAGUUGUUAGAUUAUGGCCAGGAGAUUGCAAAAUUGUGACAGGUCGUCCACGCCAUCCUCAAUCUCAAGGACUUGUCGAACAGGCCCAUAGAACUGUACAACAUAUGCUUGCUGUCCGUCGUGCAGAGUCUCCAGGAACGGGAUGGACCAAAUAUCUUUCCUUAGUGCAAUAUGCUAUGAACACACAAAUCCAUAGUGCAAUCAAUGUGGCGCCUUAUGACGUUGUUUUUGGACAGCCCCCAACAGAUGGUGUGUUUCCUGGUUGCCAUAAAGAUGUUCAACCUGAAGAAGAGGAUUUGCUGAAGGUUCUAAAAGAUAUUCCUACAUUGACUGACGAAUAUGGCAACGAUUCCCCUGAUGAAGGAGAUGGUCAUGUGGAGGAUCACACAGUUUCUACAUCUGAAAGAGCUUGCCAAUUUGUCAAUAGUACCAUUAGUUCUCUUCCAGACAACCACAAUGACAAAGACAAUGAUGGUAUAGAAACGUUGUUAGAAGAUAUCCCUACAUUGGAUAAACAUGAUGGCAAUGAUUCUUCUGAUAAAGGAGAUGAAGAUGAUGUGGAGAUGGCCAGAGUUUGUAGAGCUGACAUAACUUGUCAAUUUGGCAAUGCUACCAUCGCCUCUCCUCCAGACAAUGACAAUGACAAUGAUGACAUAGAGACAGUAGGAGGUACUUCUUCAUUGGCUGAUGAUGAUGGCAUUGAUUUUUCUGAGAAACGCUUUGUGGAGAUGGAUGAAGUUUCUACGUGUACAAAAACAGACAGAACAUAUCAAUUAGGCAAUGGCAAUGAUUAUAUAGAGACUUCAGAAGGAUCAACAGGUGGCUUGUUAGCAACAAGUAGACAACACAUACAAAGAAGAAAGAGAGCGUUAGAUAAUUACAUCAAAUCAGCAGAGAAGCAAAUGUACAAGCAUUCCAAAAGCAAACGGGUGAAACUACAACCAUAUGCAGUGGGUGACUAUGUCACUGUUAGAAUUCCCCAACAAGACAGGAUGUCAACGGAUCUCCCACGUCUUCUUGCAGUAGUGGUUGAAAUCCGAGGGACAAAGAGAAUCAGCUACCGUCUCAGGUCAAAGUACGGAGUUUUGGAGAGAUUGUAUGAUGAUAACAAUCUAGAGGUAUUUUUAGGCAAGAUUGAGGAUCUCAGUACGUCUAACUGGGAGAAUGACCGAAAGAUAUCUCUAAGGGAAGCGGUGAGAUUGGCUAGACAGAAGCGUGGAGGGUUAAUUGCCUGCAAGACGGUGCAAAUGUAGAAAGGGAUGUGUGACAGGAA